UUUACUUACUUUCCUUAGCUCUGAGUCAAACGUGGUCGCCAUCUUGGGAAACUGUUUACGCCCGCAGUACAAUGCCGCUGGAAGAGUACGAACCCAACACGAUUAGAUAUCGACUACUAGUUGAUGUUUCAGUAAUGCAUUAAUUCUGAGAACAAGACUUAAUUUUGAAUACAAUAAGCAUUGUCUUGUUUAAAAAUAGCAAUACUUAAAUUUUAACUAAUCUUGUAAUUUAAAAAUUUUGAUUUUUGCCGUACCAAACUUAAGGAAUUCAUUUCCGCUUUUUUAUCAAUUGAUGUCAAAAUGGAACUCAGUGGAGACCCCUAAGAAAAAAAAUAGUAAACAUGGCGGCUGUUUGUGAUUUGACAAAUUGUGCUUGUAAGAUAGCCAGCUGAUGGACUUAAAGCUAUCCAAUACUGUGAACAUUUAGUUUGCAAGUUAUAUCAUCUGUAAGGGAGUACGAUUCUGAAGAUGUUUGUCUCUACGAGUUGCAAGGUUAUGCGAAAGGCAAACCUGCUGUUAAAGUCAAGUGCAAAUUGUUCUUAUUUGCUUCGUCGUUUUAAGAGCAAGAUCCAUUGUGUUGACACUUGGRCAAUUCCUAUUCGUUCAAAUGGAUUUGCUGUAGUCAAUACUCACUUUACAACGUAUAUAAAACCAUUGGACCCGCUUGAAUACAUAGAGAAACCUGAAAUAUGGCCUCACAAGCUUGAUGAUGGCACUCAAGCCAGCGCACGUGUUUCUCUGAAUCUGAGACUACCAGAAGAAUCUGACUUGAAAAUAGACGAAACGUUCGUAGAUGAAUUCACCAAGGACAUAAGAUAUAACCCACAGUUGAAUAUUGAGAGUCAACGGUACUUUCUAGUGGUGAAAGGUAGACCGCAGCGUAGAUUCACUUUUCCUCCAGAAGACAUCAGUUUAGUCCUUGAAGUCCCUACGCAGUUCAAUAUACAAGUGAAUGCAUCAGACAAUGCAGAUGUUCAUGUUGAAAAUCUCGAAGGUGGCUGGCUAUAUGAGGUAACUACUGACCAAGGAAGCUGUUAUUUAUCUAAGCUCAAAGGUCAAGACCUUCAUGUCCUAUCUUCACAUGGCAAUAUCAUAUCUAAAAGUAAUUUGGUUGCUGAGUUUGGAACCCUAGCUGUGGAAAAUAAUGGCAAGAUUUGUGUCAACAAGUUACAGRGCCGUAAGUUCUGUUUGGAUUCAGAAGUGGGGACAAUCAGUACUGGCGCAUUAUAUUUACAAAGAGGAGAGGUGAAAUCAGAAUCUGGGAAUAUUAGUCUUGGAGACAUCCAUGGUAUUAUAGACGUUAACCAAGGAAAAGGUGACAUAUCCAUUGGCUCUGUUUCUGGUGACCUGCUUGCUGUAGCUAAUGAAGGAAACCUCAAUCUACAUCUUUCUCAACCCAACAAUAUUAAACUGAAAGCUAAACAGGGAGGUAACAUAACCGUGUCAAUGAACAAAGAAACACAGUCAACAGCAAUUCAUGUGAAAGCUAAAGACAUCAACAUUGACCCGGUGAUGAACAUGUCUGUAGAGAAUAAAGAUGAAGGAGAAAACUUUACAGUCCUGUCUGCUGUAGUGAAUGGCACCGUUACUGAUGACAGUCUAGGAGGUCAUCAAAAUACCAUCAAUAUUGAAGCUAAACAUGGGACUUUUAAACUAGAAACACAAGACUGGCUGAGUUCACUGAACUUGAAAAAUAUAUAAGUUAUGGCACUUUGCCAAGGGUACUGGAGACUCAUUUACUACAAUUUCCAUAAACAUGCUUAUUGCCUUAUUCACAAAUUUCUUUAAGUGUGAGUAACUCCAUCUUAUUUGCAACAAACUGCACAUGAUCUUCUAUAAACUUUGUCAUCUCAUCACUUGGUUAUGCUGACAGCCUUGGCCAUCCAUCGGCAAUGUUAUUUGCUCCAGUCUCAUAAACCAAUGUGACGUCAUAAUCUUGGGUUCGCAACGCAAUUCUUUCUAACCUUAUCGAUUGUGAAGGCUUUGAAAAUACAGACACUAUAACGGGCUGUGAUCUGUUGCAACUGUGACAUGGCGACCAAAUACAUACUUGUGUAACUUUUUAAUCCAGAGAGGACAGCGAGAGCCUGGCGGUCAAUUUGGGGAUACCUCUUUUCUACGUCUGUUAAUCCACACGGGAUGCAUACACUACUGAACUUAUUCCACUCUCAGUUUUUUGUAGCAGCACGGCAGCCAAACCAACCGGGCUUUUGUUUCUGCCUCCAUUCUGUAAUGAGCUAAACAGGGUGCGCCAGAUAGUAAUUGUUUUACCUGGCUGUACGCGUCAGUAUCUCUUUUUGUCCACUUCCAGGCUACUCCCUUUUGGGUCAAGGCUCGUAUUCGGGCUAGUACCAUUGCRAGGUUUGGCAAAUACUGCGUUAGAUAUGUAAUACUUCCGAGAAACGAUCGAAGCUCUGCUGCAUUCUCUGGCACUGGAGCAAAAGCGAUAGCCUUGAUUUUCCCCGGAUCUGGUCUGAUCCCAUCAGCUUAGAUAAUACGACCUUGAAAUUCCAGCUCUUUCACACCCAUACCGCAUUUAGCUUUAUUGAAUUUAAGGCUUGCUCUCCUCAAUCCUGUAACACUUGUCUCAAGUUCUGCUAGUGUUCUUCUGGAGUUGACCAAUACACAACAAUAUCGUCAAAGUAGUUGAGUACUCCCUUCAGCCCUUCGAAAAAACAAAAUUCAGCGUGCAGCUCGUAGACACGAAAAUUUUAACUAUUUCAACAGCCACACACACCUAACGAUUAAGUUAUUUUUUAACAUAUCCUGGUUAUCACAUUCAUUGUAUAUUCAAGCUUUAUUUCAAUUUACUGUAUUAUUUUUGUAAGUAAAUUUAUGUGUGUGAAUAAUAAAAAAGUUUAAAGUCUAA